UUAUUCCCGCUCCGUCGAGUUUCCAGUAAUUCUCAAAUUUUUCUUAAAAUUAAAACAGAUUUUUGUUUACGCAGAAGUUCGCUCAUCCCCGCAGUUUAAAAAAAAUGUCACGUCAUAAUAAUUAAUACUCAACAUUUGAUAAUAAACAAUCAAUUAAAAAAAGUGACAUUCAUUAUUACAAACAAAUUAAUUUUUCUACAAAUAUAAAAACUAUUUACUGAUACCCAAUGUAAGAAUAUCAAUAAUUUCAUCAUUUCUAAGAAAAACUUCUUUCAAAAUGAUAAUUUUAUCAAAAUUGUGUACAUUGGGGUUAAGACAUAGAAUAACCUCAAAUUUGUUGGUGACCAAUACCCGCAAUUUUUAUAACUUUUCAAGUAAAAGCGGUAACUUAUUUUCACAUCUGAAAUUAUUCGGGAAUAAUUUGAAAAAAAAUAAAUUACUGAUAAAAAAUGCAAGACGAUCCGGUCAAACGAUAGCGUUGCGGUUGUCAUCAACAGAAUGUAAAAAAUCAAACAAAAUUGUUGGAUCCUGGUUAUUAUUAUGCAGCGGGAUGGUAUUUGUUGCAGUAUCACUAGGUGGCAUUACUAGGCUUACUGAAUCAGGCUUAUCAAUGGUUAAUUGGCGUUUUUUGGGGGAAAAAAUGCCAGUUACCCAAUCACAAUGGGUUGAAGAAUUUGAAAAAUACAAACAGUAUCCUGAAUUCAAAAUCUUAAACAAAAAUAUGACAUUAGAAGACUUCAAACGAAUCUGGUGGAUGGAAUACAUCCAUCGAAUGUGGGGAAGAUUAAUUGGAGUAUCAUUCAUAGUUCCCGCUUCAUACUUUUGGAUAAAGGGAAUGUUGAGUCCAGGAAUGAAACCAAAAGUAUUAGCACUGGGUGGUCUAAUCGGCAUCCAAGGUCUGAUGGGCUGGUAUAUGGUAAAGUCGGGCCUAGAAGAUCGUUUUGAUGGACCAGGGGAUGUUCCCCGUGUGUCGCAGUAUCGUUUGGCGGCACAUCUGGGUUUGGCAUUAGGACUUUACGCGGGAUUUCUUUACAAUGCAUUAGACCAUUUAGUUCCUGCCAAAUUAAUGCCCGAAUCCAAUCCGACAUCAAAAUUUUCAUCUAAAUUAUUAAGAUUUAAAAGAUUUGUUUACGGUACCAAAGGAUUAAUUUUUUUAACUGCGCUAUCGGGGGCAUUCGUCGCCGGCUUAGAUGCUGGGCUAAUUUAUAACAGCUUUCCAAAAAUGGCCGACAAAUGGAUUCCCGAUGAUAUUUUAGCGUUUUAUCCAUUUUUGAGAAAUUUCACCGAAAAUCCUACUACUGUACAGUUCGAUCAUAGAAUUUUAGGAAUCACAACUUUAACAAUGAUCACAUUAGUAGGUUUUAUGUCAAGAAAGUUAAAGAUUCCAGGUCAUGGUUCAAAGGCAGUGUUAGCUCUUAUUUCCUUAGGAUAUUUACAAGUUAUUUUAGGCAUUACAACUUUGUUAAAUUAUGUACCUAUUCCUCUAGCGGCUUCGCAUCAAUCUGGUAGUUUAUUACUACUCAGUUCGGUAGUUUGGCUCUGUCAUGAGUUGAAAUUUGUACACAGAUUACCAAAGUAAAUGUCAUUGUAAAAAAUUA